AGACGCAUGACGCGCCUGUUCCUGUUGCGUCCCUGUUGACGUUGUUGUGUUGAGUCAGUCGGGCCACCAGCGCUUGUUCGUUUCCACCCAAGAUUUGUGUUGUUUGCCGUGAGCAACACAACGCGCUGUGACACGCCGGGCCGUCCUCUCUUAUUGUAGGUUAGACCGUCGUUGUUACGGGAGCACCUUAGAAGAGUGGAGACAUGCUGCAACUACCGACCCGGUCUCAAUCGCCCCGGCCAUGUGCAGGGACCAAGGACUGCAAGGACUCUGGGACAGCUUCCGAGGAGACAGCCACCACCGCCACGGCCCACCACGAAAAGCCGCCGCUGCUGCUGCCUGACCUCCCCGACCUGGCCCUCCUGCGCGUGCUCUCCUACGUGCGGCCCGAGGGCCUCUUCGCCGUCGGCCGCACCUGUCGGCGGCUGGGAGAGCUGACGAGAAGUGCGCAGCCGUGGCACGGCAAGCCCGAGCUCGAGCUGAAGAGUUGCGAUCAAGUGCGGGACCUGCUGAGGGUGGCCCCUCCUGUGGAAGAGUGGAACGUGUGUCGGGCUUCCGCGGAAACAUGGAUGGGACGGGCCGCGGUAUUCCUAUACCAGCAUGUCGCGAUCCGUGACCCCGACGCCACACGCCCCACUGGGGUCCUCAGGGUGGUCGUGAGAGGCCCGGGCCUGCCCAAGGAGGUCGCGAGCCUCCUCCGGGACGUGGCCCCGACCGUGAGGCGUCUGCGUCUCGCCUUCUCGAGGAAGCUGGACGACACGUUCGGCACCCUGAAGGACGCCAAGUGGAGCUCCCUGGAGCAUCUCGAUGUGACAGCGAAUCAUGUUGUUAAGGGCACAAUGUGGCCGCAGGAUAUGGUGCUGCCCAUGCUGCACACCGUGUCCCUUGAUCCAUGUCGUGGCAAACCAAAAGCAGGUGGUGGUCGGCAGGUCUUCUCUCCCGCAUACUUGGAGGCCCUCCGCUCGCUGCUGCGAGCACACAGUGGGCAGCUGCGCUGCGUGAAUGUGCGCGAGGAGGCACUUCUGCCCCUCGUCGACGCUUGCCCCAGUGACCUCCACCGCUUGCGCGUGGACUUGUACGGUGGUCGGGGUCAGGCAGAGGUAGCGGUGCUGCGUCGGUUGUGCGGGCUGAAAGAGCUCCGAAUCGCGUUGGGAAAGCAAGGUAUCAUCAUCCUCGGCGCUGGUUUCCAAGAUAAGGACGAUGUCAAGGUGCACACAUUGUUAACGUCUUGGACCGGUGCCCUCGAACGUCUCGAGCUCCAUUGGGUCAACCCUUUGACGAUUCGCGCCCUGGGCGAGAGUGUGAUCGGGAGCAGUCUCCGGUGCCUGGUUCUGGGCCAACCCAGCUACGACCGCAAGUUCGUCACGCAGUUACCGGCGGCGCUCGCCGCUCUGCCCCGCCUGCUCGCCUUCGUCCUGCUGCUGUGCCCCUCCUAUCAGAUGAGUGAUGGCGAGUCGCAGGAGGCGCGGCUGUCCAUGGAGCGGCUGCUGCGGGGCCUGGUGCGCCGUGCCGCGCAGGCGCUGCACGUGGUGUACAUGUACGACAAGCGAGAGGGCUUCACGUUGUACUUCGGGCACUCCGAGGCGGAGAGUGUCGGCUGCCAGCAGUGCGCCGAGGCCGCCGCCGCAGCGCGCCACGGCCUUCUCCAGUACGUCAGGCGGGUAAAUUGGCCAGUAAUCCGGACUCCUGAGGAGCAACCGAACUGGGGUCUGAAGCGCGUGCAAGUGCAACCGUAGAGGUAUUCGAUACCGCAGUGAAACUACAAGAGAACGCAUUCUCUUCGCAGUGUACCUGUAGACAGCUAUCUCACAAACAGCUCUAAAAUAAAGAGACCAGUUGGUUUUAGCACAC